AUUUUGAAAUGACAGCUCACCGAUUUAUCAAAACAAAGUGAAAGAUGUAUACAUUUUCUUUUGUUUUUGGAAAUUUGUGACUGUCUUAUGUGUUUCAAAAUUUCAUGUUUAAAAUUCUAAUAUAACAAAUCAUGGAAAACAAUACCUUAUCCUUCAACACUGGUGAUUAUUCCGAUGCAAAUACUGAUAACAAAUGUGUACAAGAUAUUUUGAAUACCUUUAAAGAUCUCAGGGAGUAUUCCUAUGAUGUUGAAAAACAGUUAUCUGCCGUACGGCAAGAAUCCUUGGUAGAUCAUAUUGCGGAAAGUAAGAAUAUAGCACAUUUACACCGACAGAUAUCGAGUUGUGAUGAUAUUCUGAAACGUAUGGAAAACAUGUUGAUGUCCUUCCAAAGCGAUUUAGGAAAUAUAAGCUCUGAAAUAGUGUCCCUUCAACGAAAAUCUAUCACUAUGAGCCAAGAACUAAGUAAUAGGCAAAGCAUAAGAGGACAACUUAGUCAGUUUAUAGAUGAUAUGAUGGUGCCAGAUACCUUAAUAACUUCUAUCAUGGAUCUGUCAGUUACCGACAAAGACUUUUUAAGUCAACUACAAUUAUUGAAUCAUAAAUUAGGGUUUGUCAAAGAGCAAGGUUUUAAGGAAUCACUGUCUUGUCUGGACGUGAGAGAUGUUCUUGAAAAAUUAAAGAUAAAAGCUAUGUCAAAAAUACGCGAGUACUUAUUGGAACAAAUUUAUAAAUUCAGAAAACCUUUAGGAAACUAUCAAGUUCCCCAAAACAAUAUGUUGAAAUUCAAAUACUUUUAUGAAUUCAUCUUAUCUAAUGAAAGAAAUGUGGCACAAGAGAUUUAUAAGGAAUAUGUAGAUACUAUGAGUAAAAUAUAUUUUUCAUACUUCAAAUCCUAUAAUAAUAGAAUAAUGAAAUUACAAUAUGAAGAGUGUGUUACUAAAGACGAUCUUAUGGGAAUUGAAGAUACAGCUUCUAGAGGCUUAUUCAAUAAAUCCCUAAAAAAUAAAGGAACCAUUUUCACUAUAGGAAGCCGUGGUGUUGUAUUAGCCCAACAGCUUGAAGCUCCGAUUAUAGUUCCACAUGCUCAAGUGAAAAACAAAUUCCCCUUUGAAGCCCUAUUUAGAAGUGAGCAAUAUGCACUUGUUGAUAAUGCAUGCAGAGAGUAUUUAUUUAUCUGCGAGUUUUUUAUGUUGAAAGGUCAACAAGCAUUAGAUGCUUUUAAUGAAAUUAUGGGAAAAACUACAGGACUUAUAAGGAAAAAUGUUGAAUCGUAUGUGGAUAAUUGUUAUGACUCUAUAGCACUCUUUUUAUGUUAUCAUCUUAUUUUACGAUACAAAAUAAUGUGUCACAAAAGAUGUGUUCCUGCGUUGGAUUAUUAUUGGGAAAAUUUAGAAAAAUGUUUAUUGGCUAGAUUUGAGUACGUUUGUCAUCUUAAUAUUCAAAGUAUUAGAGACUGUGAUCCUUCUAAAUUUCAACCUGAAAUGGGACCACACUAUAUUACUAGACGUUAUGCGGAAUUCAGUGCUGCUUUAGUUGGUAUUAGUGAGAACUUUCCCAAUGAAUUAAUAAACAGACUCUUAGCUGAGUUGCAAGAAGAGGUGGAGUUAUUUAUUUUGAGAAUGGCUGGUAUCUUCCCACAAAGAAAAGAGCAAUUGAUUUUCCUCAUCAACAAUUAUGACAUGAUUUUGAAUAUAAUUCUGGAACAUACCAGAGAUAAUUCCAAGGAAGUUGAAACCUUCAAGCAAAGGUUAUCUGCUAAAAGUGGGGAAUAUGUCGAAGAAAUUUUAAGUCCUUAUUUUGGAAGCAUGAUUCAACAUGUUAAAGAAGCUGAAGGUUUUCUUCAUAAAGGAAAAGUGGAAAAUUAUAAAGCUUUAGAGAUGAGGGUAGGAGGAAUAGUGCAACAUUUCACACAAAGCUGGAAAAAAUCAUUGGAAGAACUGAACAGGGAGGUGUUAAUCUCAUUUCCAAACCUUGUGACGGGUUCUAGCUUGCUUCAGUUGGCCUUGACACAGCUGGUUCAGUAUUAUCACAGGUUCCACAAAUUAUUACCGCAGAGUGCUAGGUCCAAUCUAGUUAAUAUACAUAAUAUCAUGAUAGAAAUGAAGAAAUAUAAGAUAAAUUAUUAAUAAUGAAGUAGUAGACUUGUAGGUUUGAUGUAAUUUACUAACUUUUACAUUCCAAUACUAAUACAGAUAGUGCAAUUCUAUAUAAUUAUUUAUUAAAUAAAUAAAACAAAUAAAAAGAUAAAA